UUUUCUCUUUUUUCAACAAAAGAAGAAGCUAGUAGUUCGGAAUAAUAGCAAAGUUUCAUACAUGGGCAGAGAUUGGCUCUAUUGGGUCGUUGGCGGAGGAGCGGUCAGGCCCUCCUCCGCCAGGAGAAGUACUAGUAGUAGCAGUAGUAGUAGACGAUUGUCUUCAAAAACAAGAGACUCUGACGGCGGCGGCUCCACUUCCGCCGGCUGCAUGUGCGCUGUUUUCCACCUCUUCGACUUGAACCACCACCACCCAUUCAGCUUCCACCAUAGCAACCAUUUCUUCCAAGAAGAAUCCAUUACUUCCAAAGGAGUGGAAGCACCAAGAAACAGCUUGGAGAAGGAAUUAGAGCCAGCCGCCAUUAAAGAAGAAAAAGAAGAUAAUUUAACACCCCCAGUGGGGAUUCAAAUAAAAACAAGAAUCUCAAACGUGGCAUCAAAAUCAAGAACAGAGGAUACAAUCUCAACAGGAUAUUGCAGCAGCGAUUCGCCAUCGGCGAAGACGCCGAGCCUGGUGGCGAGGCUUAUGGGCCUUGAUUUACUCCCCGACCAUCCCACGUCAUCAUCGCCUUCGUUAAUCAUUCCCAAACAAACCAAACAGCACCAGCACACAAACGUUGUCGGAUCAAGAAACAACAAAAGAUGCUUCUCCGACGACGACAUCAGCGUCGGAGCACGUUCGUUGCCGGAGACACCCCACCACCAAAUAUCGUCGGCGAGAAGGUCGGACUCCGAAUACCACUACAUUCACAAAGAGAACACGGGUAGCCGCCCGGGGCACUACGCGAAGCAGAUUGUGAAACAGGUAAAAGAAAACGUGGGGAGACGAAUCGGGCUUCACGAUAUCACGAACCGGGACGAAACGAGUAUUGUUAGAAGAAGGGAUCAGAAUCUUGUUCUGCUCAAACCCACCAAGAACAUCAGAGUCGGAUUCUCCGACGUUAAAAAGAAGAAACAUAUCCCGAAAACAACAUCUUCUUCUUCUCCGGAAGAGGUGAUUUUGAGCUCGAUGAAACUUAAGAAGAAUAUUCAGAGUGUGGUACAUGAACAUAAGCGUGUGCAGCAGAUCAAAUAUGGCAAGAAAGUAAAUAUGAUGGAGGGGAAGAAGAAGAAGAAGAAAGAUCCAUUGUUAAUGUCGAAUGAAAAACUGAACAUAAGUGGGCCCACUCUUCUGCCGGUCAAGAAAGACCCUUCUCCACCUGCCACUAAAUUACCUCAAAAACAGUCACAGGUAUCAGAUGCUCUUUCAUCGAAAAGGAACACACAGUUAUCUAGUAAUACGAGCCGUUCGUACAACAAGCUGCAACCUCAUUUUAUUAUAUCCACCCCCUCGGGACACGCCCCACCAGACAAAUCUAACGGUUGCGCCACCACUGUCUCCGCCGCGGCGGCGGCGGCGGAGUACACUACUUACGUCCAAAAAAUCCUUAAACGGACAGGCAUUCAUGACAAUUUUACCCCUCUAGCCUUGGGGAAAUGGCACACACCCGCCCACCCACUUGACCCCUCAAUCUACUACUACCUCGAGCUCUUCCACCCUUCCUCCGCCGCCGCCGGCGGCGGCGGCGGCGUUCUGAGCCGCCGGUGCAACAGGAAGCUGAUUUUCCAGCUGGUGGACGAAAUUCUGGCUGGGAUUUUAAGACCCCACUUGGAUUUCAAGCCGUGGGUUGGUUCUCCGGCGGAGGAGCAGCCUUGCUUGAUCGAUGAAAUAUGCAAGAGGAUAGCGAGUUUUCCGGCGGCGAAUUGUCUGGUUCUUGAAGAUGUGGAUUCCUUGGUCGGCGGCGAUUUGUGUAAUAAGUGGCGGAUAAAUGAUGAUGGGUUUUUUGAGGAGGAAGGGGAGAGGUUAGUGUGUGAGAUUGAAGGUGAGAUCGUGGAGUCCUUAGUGCGUGAGGCGGUGGUGGAGAUGGUCGGCGGAGGAACAGUGACGGAGACAGAGACAGGGGAGGAGCCAAUAAUGUCACGUGGUGGGCUUUUUCUGAUCACGUGACGAGAUGCCACUGGUGGGAAUCCAUCCACGUGGAGAGGAGGAGGUGGUGGUCUUUUCUGCCUGACUGACUUUGUAUAAAGUGAAAACGGUGUGGAAUUAGAAAUUUUUUAUUUAAUUAUUAAUUAUUAGUUUUCUUUUUCAGAGUUUGUGUUGUGUAUAGUUUCUCUCUCAUUUGUAUGUUUUGGUGUUUAAUUUGAAUGUGUUCAUUUA